AUGGCUGGAUGUCUCAUGUAUCUUACAACAACUAGACCCAACAUUUUAUAUGUUGUAAGUCUUGUAUCUAGAUUGACUAGUUGUGCAACUAACACUCAUUUUAGAGCAGCUAAAAGGGUGAUAAGAUAUGUUAAGAGAACACUGAAUUUUGGAAUCAAGUUCUAUGCAAAUCAGAAGUGCGUGUUGCAGGGGUAUUCUGAUAGUGACUGGGCUGGUUCUUCUGAUGACAUGAAGAGUCCUUCUAGUUAUUGUUUUAAUAUUGGUUCAGGGGUAUUUUCUGAGAUUGUUGCACAAUCAACGGCUGAAGUUGAGUUCAUUGCAGCAGCAUUUGCUGCAAAUCAAGCCUUAGAAAAAGACGCGCAUAAAGAAGGAUCUGUUAGGUUAAAGUAUUGCAAGACAGAUCUUCAACUAGCAGAUAUGUUUACCAAAGCCUUGCUAAGGAGCAGAUUUGAAUUUCUCAGAGAGGCGCUUGGAAUUUGCAGCAACUGA